GCUCAGCUUGGAACGGAGACGCAGCGAUAAGAACUUGAGCUGAGAACGAAUGCAGCACGCCUAUGAAAGAACAACAAGCACUAAUAUAAUUACUCAGAGUAUAGAAUUUGAAGUUUGGUGUUUUUGCACUUUCUAAGUUUUUUUUUUCUUUUCUUCCCCUCGGCUUGUCAGUAGCAUCAUCUUUGGAAUUUGACCCACUAGUGAUGAGGACCCGAUGAGCUUAUUUAACUGUGUUGAAUUUUUGUAUAGUUUUAUUUAUUGGUGUAUGCAUUUGCAUUGUGCGUGCUGUUAGACCACAGAGAGCCUAUGCAAUCGCACAGAGUGGCGCACGCUAACUGAUGCUGUAUUUGUAAAUGGGAGGACUGGGUGCAAACUUGGGUUCCACAUUUUAUCUCAGCAUGUUUAAUGGGACUGAGGCGAUAAGUUUUGGCAAAGAAUCAGAAACCGCCAGCCACCACCACCAUCACCACCACAGCAAGGAUCUCUCAGAGCUGAAGAUGGGAAUUCAAGACGCGAGAUUCUUCUAUCAGGACUCGAGCCCGACUGGACAGGACCACAGCGCCCUACCUUUCUCCAGCCAGACCCUGACCGGAGUCGGGGGCCAAAGCGGUCGGUUUUUCACUUCGGCAGCGCUCAAUAGCUGUCCCUACAAUCCUGUAAGGUCCCCGAGCGGCGGAGGCGGGGGGCAGGCGUACACAAACCCGGGGAGCGACGUUUUCGCCGCUGCUGGGGGAGAAAUUUACCCCCCCAACAGGGACGGGUAUUCUUCCAGCCCGUUUCACCACGGAUAUCCACGGGCGCCGCUCUGCCCCUUGCCCGGACUUCAAGUUUGUGGGGCAACGCAGGCGGUUUUAAAUAACUACGCGCUCUGGGCGAAGUUUCACAAGUACCAGACUGAAAUGAUCAUCACUAAACAGGGACGGCGGAUGUUCCCUUUCCUGAGUUUCAACAUCACGGCUCUGGACCCUGCGGCCCAUUACAACGUAUACGUGGACGUGGUUCUAGCAGAUCAGCACCACUGGCGCUACCAGGGAGGGAAGUGGGUCCAGUGUGGCAAGGCAGAGGGAAACAUGCCAGGUAACAGGAGUUAUAUGCACCCCGACUCUCCUAACUCAGGAGCUCACUGGAUGAGGCAGGAGAUCUCCUUCGGGAAACUCAAACUGACCAAUAACAAGGGAGGCUCCAACAACACAGGGCAGAUGAUCGUGCUGCAGUCUCUGCACAAGUACCAGCCACGACUGCACAUUGUGGAGGUGAAGGAGGACGGCACCGAGGAGCCACACGUGUCUUGCAGGACUCAGACCUUCAGCUUCCCUGAGACCCAGUUCAUCGCAGUCACUGCCUACCAGAAUGCAGAUAUCACACAGUUGAAAAUCGACCACAACCCUUUUGCUAAAGGAUUUCGGGACAACUUUGAAUCGAUGUACACACACGUUGAGAGUGACAGGCUAACCCCCUCCCCAGCGGACACCUCUGGCUGCCAGCAGCUCCUGUCCAGUGGGCGCUACCCCCAGCCGUACCUGUCCGAGCCCUACCUGAACCCCCUCCAACAGAGCCGCUACUACAGCCGUGAUCGGGCAACCGUGGGGCUCUCUGGGCAAGCCAAGGAUCCUGCCGUCGGCAGCAGCAGUCCGCACAGCCGCUGGUACCUCCCGGUGCAGCAGACGCCCACCACGGCGAACCGGCUGGACUUCAGCUCCUACGAAUCUGAUUAUGGCGCUAAUGCCUUCGUCUCCUACAAACCCUUCUCCCUCCAGACCUCCACGCACCACCCCCUGGGUUACUACCCGGAGAAUCCUUUUGGAUCGACCCCAGCUUUGGGGGCCUGGGGUUCCAGCCGGGCCGCAUCCCAGUACCACCACCACCACAAACCCGGGCCUGGGCUGAGCUGGUUCAGACCAGCGCCAGCAGAUCCCCGUCCUCAUACCUCCAUGGUCCCGGAGCUCCAGCAGGGACAGCCCUCUCUCCCUGCUGCCCUCCCCCAGCAGGAUAAGGUGAAGGAGGCCGGAGGAGAGGAUUCCUCCUGGUUGGAGCCCCCCUCGGUGAAGUCUGUAGACUCUGCCGAUUCGGGGCUGUACGAAGGGGUGGAGAGCAAGAAGAGGAGGGUGUCUCCAUACGCCUCGAGCACAGAGAGCUCGCCCCCGACCCGUGCAGGAGAGGCCUGUGAGAAGGACAGCAGCGAUGCUGGCUAUUACGAGUAUUACGCGAACUGAACGCAAAACCUGCCGCUGAAAUGAAUACCAAAACGUGCUGAGCCGGGAUGCCGAAUUUCAAACAGCACCCGUCGAUGGGGGUGGUUCUUUCUGGGUUGCGUAAAUUACAAUAAUUUUUUUUUAAUGACUGUAUACGGAUGCCCUGAACACUCUCUCACACACACACACACACACACACAAUCUCGCAAAAGCUGUCUCCAUUGCCAUUCCUUUUGGCCUUGUCAAUCAUACACAUCAGUAGUUGGUCCUAAAAACACUGUGGGGGGGUGGAAGCUUUCAGAAUUAACUGGUGCCACGUUCGUGUAGCAGGCACCACAGUUCUAGCACGCUUAAAAAUGAGAAGUUUUGGGAGCUCCCCUACGCCCUGUUGAACUGCCUUUCCCAUUGCGUGUCAGUGAACCCUGGUGAUUGAAUAUAUAUUCCCACACACAUUAAAAUCCACUCAGUUAUUCCUUCAGUGCUCACAAGCUACCUUGCCAACUCCAGUGCCUGCAGCAUCUGUUUCACUAGAGCUAUGUCAAGGGCUCUGGAACUAGGGGUUCUGGCUUUGCAUGGCUUCCAGGGGUUACAGUUUCAUUCAAUGGCUUUCAACACCUCCGCUUUAGAAAUUGUUCCAGUGCCACUGGGCUAUGUGGAAACUAAAGUAAAACACACAUUCUGAGAUUGUUACCAUGGCAGGAGUUGAUUCACCAAAAUCUGAGGAAUUCUUGAAUUUGUAGUUCCCAAGGUGCAUUAGCUGGUCAAAAAAGCAGAAAUUAACAUUUAAACCUAAUGUGUCAAUUGAAAAUAUAUAUAUGUAUGUUGUUUUGUGUAAAUAGCAGUACUGCAAAUGAAAUGUUAAACUUUAUAAUGUUUAUUUUUUUUUAAUUUUUACAGUUAGAACCAGAUAAUUAGUGGUGAUUAAAAUUUUUUUUUUUUUGUAAUUGUAAUUUUUUUAAACAGAUCUUUCAGGUUUAUAACCAGCCAGAAUCUGAAUGGGAUAGACCACCAAACACCAGCAGCAAACGAAAAUUCUUCAAAACGUUUGCCAGUGAGUCUACGAAUAGGACUGGCUAGUUUAUACUUUUGCAGGAGGGGGUGGGGGUGGGGGGUGGAGUACACGUCUACUGCAUACCCUGCAGCUUAUUUCACCUUUACUGUUUGAACUUAUUGAUUAAACAGAUAUAAGAAUGAAUGACGUGGGUUUCACAGGGAGUUUGCAGGACUCUCAAUCUAGCCGUUCCUGGUGCAGAAUGGUGAUUGCAGGGUGGGUGAUUAUAUUUUAAGAGGGACAAUGAAAUACUUCUUUUUUUUAGGUAGUUUGCUUUGGUUUUUUUUUCUUGAUAUAUUUUGGAAAUGCAAACAUUUCAACGGCAGAAGUGUAACUCAGACCAUGUGACCUACAGCACAGGAAGUGAUGUAAUACCAAGAGGAACCAGUAUACAGUACAAAUCAGUGAACAAUAGAUAUUUGUUAUGUAUCCAAGACUACUUCAGAUGUUGGUGUUUUUUCAGCUAUUUUCAAUGUUUCAUGUAUAAAAGAGUUACAUAAAGAUUAACCCUUGUAAAGAAAGGGGAGCUGUGAUACGGUCGCACAUGCUAAUGAAAUCUACAAAAAAUAAUUUUACAACUUUGGUUAUAUCGGCUCUUUAUAAAGGUGGGAGAAUGGUUUUGCUACUCUGAUUUUAUAUUCCUUUCAAGUGAACCGAUUCGGUUUUUUUUUAGGCUGGUUGUAACAUUUUUGUAAAUUCAUUUUUGAACAAAGUGUUUUGUUCCCUCAUUGCCACCCCACAAAAAAAAAAAAAAAAAAAAAAAAAA